AUGGCUACUCUCGAUCCUGGGGUGAAUAUCUACAACACGUCCGUUGUACCGCCGCCAAUUGGCCAGGAGUCCAAUUUUGACAGGCCGCUCUCCGACGUGCAACUCGCGACAAUCACGGUCUUUGCAGUCACGUACUUUCUCGCCACGGUCUCUCUCGCUCUUCGAUAUGCCACAAGUGCGCUGGUCGUUAAGGAAUGGGAACUCGAUGUCGUGCUCAUCACGCUCGCGUGGGGAACGGCGUUGGGCUACUUUAUCUCGGUUUGCUUCAUGAUGAAGUACGGAUGGGGAUCGCAUGCUUGGGACGUCUCUCUUGCGGAUAUGGUUCAGUAUAACAAGUACCUCUCUCCGACGACGUUAACGUACAUGUGGAGUCCGACCCUGACGAAGCUCUCGAUUCUCUCCGUUCUUUAUCGCAUCAGCCCGGCGCGAGGCUAUCAGAUCUCGGUCUACGUCAUUGCAAUCGCGUUGUUGAUAUAUACCAUCACCUUCACCGUCCUACUUUCAGGGCCGUGCAAUCCGAAAGACGUUGGAUCGGGUGUCUGCUUAAACAAUCUAGCCAUCUCCCAGGUCGUCUUGAACAUCGCGACCGAUUUGUCGAUCAUCAUUCUCCCGCUUCCCACGUUGCAUAGUCUUCAAAUACCCUUUCGCCAAAAGGUUGUCGUCGGCUGUAUUCUUUCUAUUGGAUCUGCGGUUCUGAUCGCAUCCAUCGUCCGAGCCCCUUACGUCCGCAUCAUGGCCACCAACCCCGACUUCACCCGGAAACAAGCCGAAGCCGGCGUAUGGUCCCUGGUCGAACUCAACAUGGGCAUUGUAUGCAACAACCUGAUGCGGCUGAAGCCGUUCCUCAGAACAUACCUUCCCAGAGUCUUGACCUUUCUCGGUCUCACAGCGAAGUCGAAGCCUCAAGGAGAGAACCCUUCGAAGUCCAGCGGGAACUGGAGGGGCAGGCCUUCUCACAGUUAUCAGCUCAACAGUUUAGAGCAUGAUGAUCCCCAUCAUAAGAGUUUUAGAAAGGAGCCUUCAGUGGAUGAGGCUGCUUUUGGGGACUUGGACAAGGAACCAUCACGCCAUAAUGGUAGCACUGAUGAUAUACUUAGAUCAUGA